AUGUCGGGUUUCCAGAUCCCAGGCCUCGGCCAGGCCAAACCCAACGAGACUCUACCACCUCUCCCUACCCCCGAUAUGCUUGCAGCUGCCGCGAGUAUACAAGAUACUGAAAUUCCCGACGCUGCUCCUACCGAAACAAAGAAUGAAUCAGUGCCAGCUACUACAGAGCCCCAGCCUGCAGAGACUCAGCCAGCACCAGCUGCGGAUUCCGAUGCCAUGGCCAUUGACCGACCCGAAAGCCCUCCUUCCCUUACUGGCGCUUUGGAGGCUGCGCUUGGAGGGUUAGUUCCUGCCCAGUCUGCGCAAACAGCGCAAACAGCUCCUGCUGCGAACACGGAGGCCGUCCCUCUCCAAAACGACCAAGGCGACAACCCCGAAUGGGAGGUUGACUCCUCUCCAUACGAGUCUUCUUCCGAAUCAAGCAGCUCAGACUCCUCUGAUGAAGAUUCCGACAACGAAGGAUAUGAACUUUUGGGUGUCGAAGAGACUGCGCGCCUGCUUAUGCAGGCUGAGGGAGGAUCCGACGAUGAAGGCGAUCGAGGUGCGAAGGGUGCUAGCGCUGCCCAACUCCGAACCAAGAACGAAAUGCCUGAAGAGGUCAUUCCCAAGCCCGAGGUCACAAUUACACCCGAAAUGAAGAUUGAGGAGCUGGGAGCUAUCGAGCACAUCGUCGACAAUAUCAUGUUGAUAAAGGCUUUCACGCCCGGAGAGUACCAAGUCCUCGACUCAGGCUCUGUGAUCUGCACAGCUGAGCGAGUUGUCAUAGGCGCUAUUGCCGACUUAAUAGGAAAGGUGCUUCAACCCAUGUACACUGUCCGCUUCACAUCAGACCAGGAUAUCAAAGAUCUCGGUCUCGAGGUUGGCCAGACAGUAUACUACACUGCCGACCAUGCCACAUUUGUCUUUACCGAGCCAUUGAAGAACAUGAAGGGCUCAGACGCCAGUAACCUUCACGACGAGGAGGUUGGCGAUGAUGAGAUGGAGUUCUCCGAUGAUGAGAAGGAAGCAGAGUACAAGAAGGCUCUCAAGCAGAAAAAGAAGGAUAAGUGGAAGAAGGGCACCACCAAGGGAGAGCCUCAUCCUUUGCGACAGGAAUCGCGACCGGACGGCGGUCUGAACUAUGAUGAUGACGAAGAUGGUCCCUACAAGCCCCUCGCACGUCCUCCUGGGUAUGGUAGCGGCCCUUCCACAACCGAGACAUAUGAACCCCCAUCAGGUAGAUCUUUCCAGCGAGGAGGUCGCCGAGGGGACUCAAGAGGCCGCGGUGGACGGGGGGGACGUGGCGCCGGACGAGGUGGACGAGGAGGUUUCAAUCAGCCCAGAGACGGAUACUCGUUGCCUCAAGGAGGCCAACAGCCUGCUCAACAAGCAGCUCCUGCUCCAGCAUGGCCAGGUGCUCAACCUCCCACCCAAGGCGCGGCCCCAGCUAUGCCCAACUUUGGCUUCCAACUCCCAGGCUGGCCUCAGGCUCCCGCUCCGGGUAACCCUGGAGCUGUUCCCCCACCACCUCCCGGAUGGCCGACCGCUCAGGGUCAGCAAGGCGCGAACAAUGGGGGCUAUGUGAACCCUGCUUUCUUUGCUGCAUUGAUGUCUACUAUGCAACAGCAGCAGCAGAAUGGCCAGUCACCUUGGGCACAACAACCCCCCAACAAUGGAAACGGUCAGGGCCAGUAG